UCUAUAUUAUGAGUACAUUCGUGUUAUACUUACCAUUUAAAGUAGAUCAGUUCAGAUAGUAAUACAAAAUAUUUCAGCAACGGUUUUUAGAUAACCCAAAAAAUGUAUUUUAUUAAAAGUCUUGUAAUAGUUACGGCGGCUGCAUUUGCAGUUAGCGGAAUAACCAUUGAUGCUGGAUAUGAAGAUUACGGAAUUCAAGGUAACGGGUACCAAAAUUACUUGGUAGGCCAAGAAGCUUACAGAAAGGAAGAGAAAAAAGAUAAACAAGAUUUUUCCAAGAUUCCUGGUAUUCCAGGGCAUGACUAUCCAAUUUAUCAUACUGUGCCACAUACUUCAUUUUCUUGUAAGCAUGUACCAGCUUUACCAGGAAUGUAUGCAAAUGUGGAAACUGGAUGCCAGGCAUAUCAUGUUUGUCAUGACGGAAGAGAGGGUGAACAGGGAUCAUCAUUUUUGUGUACCAAUGGAACACUUUUUAAUCAAAAGGAAUUCGCUUGUGACUGGUGGUAUAAUGUCAACUGUAAAGAAGCGAUCAAUUUAUACAGCUUAAAUUUAGACCCUAAGAAGAAUCCGUAUUUCCAAAAAAGAAAGGAUGUACCUACAGAAGAAGAAAAAGCUGGUGAAGAAGUAGAGCAAUAUAUAAAGAUUAUUAUUUAAACAGGCUAUAGUUAUAAUUGCCAUUUAACAGCAUAAAUUGUAACAUAAAUUGUAUCUUUGUACACUAUGUAUAUUUUAUGAAUUAGAAUAGGCUAGUUUUAAUGAUAUUUAAGAUUUUUUGGGGGACGCAAUAUUAAGAAGAUAGAAAUAGAUUAUUAGAGCAAUUACGUUCUUAUUAAAAUUGUUUCAUAGUAA